GAGCUGGCGUCUCACAUGUCUCUUCCCCCCUCGCCCCAGGUGCGCUGCGAGCUGACGGGGCAUGAGCUGCCCUGCCGGCUGCCCGAGCUGCAGGCCUACACCAGCGGCAAGAGGUACCUGCGGCUGAGCGGGACGCCUGGCGCCUUUAACUACAGCGACUACGAACCCCACAUCGUGCCCAGCACCAAGAACCCACACCAGCUGUUUUGCAAGCUCACGCUCAGGCACAUCAACAGGGUCCCGGAGCACGUGCUGCGUCAUGUCCAAGGGAAGCGCUAUCAGAAGGCGCUGAAAAAAUAUGAGGAGUGCCAGAAGGAGGGCACGGAGUAUGUGCCUGCUUGCCUGCUGCAGAAGAAGCGGCAGCGGCGGCAUGAUGACCAGCCGAAGGGGAGCAAGCCGCCUUGCAAGAGGGGGGAUUUCUGGGAGCCCGCAUCCAGCAAUGAGGACGAGGAGGACAGUGACGACAGCAUGAGCGACCUGUACCCACCUGAGCUUUUCCCAGAAAAAAGCCCAGCAGCUGCAGGAUGUGGGGAAGACAGCGAUGACUUUAUGACAGACAGUGAGGAAGACAAGGCCAAGCCGGCUGGGGAAAACGGGGAUGUGAAUGGGGAGAAGAGCGAGAAAAUGGACCUGGAUGGACAAGGCAGCAAAAGGGGAAAGAAACAAUCGGGUGCUUUGAAGAAGAAAUUUAAGAGUCGCCAUCGAAAACCCAAGAGCUUCAAGAAAGCAGCCAAUGGCAAAUAAAGUUAUGUAAAUGAGAAACA